AUGAGUCUGGAUCCUGGCAACCUGGGGAGGUCUUCGUCUCCCGCAAGCUCCGAAGCUUCGCUGCCGAAAAACAAAAUCCGCGCAUUUGAAGAUGGACUCAAAAAGGACAAAGGCUAUCGCCGCUAUGCGUCCAACGUCGAGCGGGCACUGUCUCUGUUCGACACGGCGCUACAAGAAUGGGCGGAUUACAUUUCCUUCCUGAGCCGGUUACUAAAGGCUCUUCAAUCCCACCCUCCAUCUUUGGCAGUCGUUCCGGAGAAGGCCACCGUUGCAAAGAGACUCGCGCAAUGCUUGAAUCCUUCCCUCCCCUCUGGUGUGCACCAGAAAGCGCUCGAAGUGUACGGCUAUAUAUUUGCACUAUUGAAGCCAGAAGGCCUAUCGCGCGAUCUUCCGCUCUAUCUCCCAGGAAUUGCGCCGACCCUUACCUUUGCCUCACUUUCCGUUCGGCCGCUAUUUCUGUCGCUAAUUGAAACCUAUGUUGCUAAGCUGGAUUCCGCGUGUAUUCGGCCUGCGCUGAAAGCUAUUCUCCUCUCGUUGCUUCCCGGCUUAGAGGAGGAGACCAGUGAGGAUUUCGAAACCACGCUCAGGAUUAUCAAUCGGUUUAAAGACAUUUCAAGUGGAGGGGAAAAUGACAAUAUAUUCGAUUCGCCUACUCAUAGUCAAUAUUUCUGGCAGUGCUUGUUCCUCGCGUCUAUAACCAACCCCACGCGGAGAAUGGGCGCAUUGGCCUAUUUAAAUCGCUAUUUGCCAAAACUCGGCGGCCAUUCACCACGGGGUGCUUUAUUGAACCGCUCACAGCCCGAAGAGGAAGCAGAUUUAUCGGCUUUGAUCGCUUCGGUGACUUCUCCUGAACCUGGUCUUCUUAUCCGAUGUUUUGCAACUGGUUUGACGGACGACCAGCUACUUGUGCAAAGGAACUACCUGGACUUGCUUGUUACUCAUCUACCUCUCCACUCCCCGGUUCUCCAAACACGUAUUACUGCAGAUGACCUGGAACUCUUAGUUGCUGCUGCGGCAGGAGUGGUCAUCCGGCGAGAUAUGAGCUUAAACCGCAGGCUCUGGGCAUGGUUUCUGGGGCCUGAGCUAACAAACGAUUCAAAUGAAAGUGGAGAUAUGGAUUUACAGUCCAUCACUAGUGGGCAUUCAGUAUCGCAAUUAGACAAAGAGAUGCCUAAAUCCCAAUAUUUUGCACAUUUUGGUUUACAGCCACUUGUGAACAGCAUCAGAAAAAGGAUUGCCAAGGGCUCCAUAAUUCCACAGGAGCGAGCCAAACCAUUCCGGAUCUCGCUGUCCUUGAUGGACCGAUGGGAGGUUGGUGGGUUGAUUGUGCCAGAGAUAUUUCUCCCCGUCAUGCGAAGUGUCCAGGAAUACAAUCACAUCGCCGCCUCGAAAGCCAAGUUUGACGAAGUGCUCCGAUCAGCGAGUGCUUUCUUUGAUGGAGUUGAAAGCAGCCUAAUAUUCUCUGAGCUACUCACCCUAGUACUUGGCUCGACUCAAGAUGGUGCUUCCAGUCAAGCCCUUGCAAACCUACGGCUCGCGAAUUUUGUUUUGUCCCAUUUCAAUGUCAAAGAGGAAGAAAUGCUUACUGUUCAUAUUCCACUCUUACUCCUUGGGACCCUUCUCACCAUGAAUACUUUGUCGUCCGUUGGACAAGGCUCGGAAAUCUCUAAAUUAGCAUUUGAUGAAGCGUCUUCUAUUGCCCACAACUUACUAAGUCUAAUACCUAGCAGAGCCCUUGUCGACAAGGUGUCAGAGCAGCAACCGCCUGGUCAGAAACCGAAGAUUACGAAAAAUUUGACAUUGGACGAAAUAUCGACACAACUGCGUGUGUUUUAUACUACGACGAAAGAUAGUCUUGAGGGUCGUGAAUCGCCAUUUGGUCCGGAAGUUCUAGCAGAGUUGCUUCUCUCGGAGGCCCACUCACAAGUCCUGGAUGCUCUUGAAUCAGAAAAUCGGCAUUUGUGGUUAAGGGACCAAAUGAACUUUCUUGUCUCAAUGCUCAAGAAAUCGCCCAGAUCGCAGAUAUUUGAAGCCGGGGAACUGUACCGAGCAAUGCAUGAUAAGAUAUGCGUCGCCAAUAAUGCGUCAGACGUUAUGCCUAUGUCUACACUUUCUGCGAUAUGCUCUAUUGUUACAGCAUUGUACAGUAUCCACGAGACUGGCCUAUAUAUCUCAUACGACCAAAUCUGUGAGAUCGUUCCUAGUUUGGCGCAGCAAUUGUGGGAGCAAUUAUCUCCAUCGAGCCCUAAGUUCCAUGUAGAAGCGGUUCGUGGCUUGUGGGCCUUGCAUUCCGUCUCCUGGCGAGAUCAUUUGGUGGAGGCUGCAAUAAGUUCGUUAAUGAUCUCUUCCACCGUUUCAAGUUCGUCUCAUAGGACGACGGUGGAUCAUGUUGAAAAAUUCUUUGUUCUCUGGAACCACAGCUACCAGGCAGGCAGUGGUCGUACUGCAUCAAGAGCCAUUGGAGAACAUCUGUCAGACCAUAAUUCAGGCCGAGACCCGCAAUCAAUCUACAAAUUAUCGCUAUUGGAGCGGCCACUGUUCAUGUCAUUGGACCUACUAUCUACUGGCCCGGGCAGGCCUUAUUCGAUAGUUAAGCAUUGGAUGCAAGAAACAUCAACGGUAUAUCAGGUUCUAAAUAUCCUAAUCUCAAAACUUUCCGAGUUCCGCUGUCUCAAGCUUUCUGAUAAAGAUGAUUCCAAUGAUCCUAGAUCGCGGCAUGGGCUAGAAGAUGAGGGUCGAUGCUAUUAUCUGCUUAAAACGGUAUCGAACAUUCUUGCGGCACUGAAUCAUACAGGUUGGAAUGCUCUCACAUCUAGGACCAUUGCUAAUUCUAGCAAACAAGGCCUCCAUAUCGAUGUUGAAGAUGGUUCCAGCUUCCAGAUCACGCUCGCGCAACUGUCGGUACAAUUGCUUAAGAAAACACAACAAGGCUCCACAGACAUGAGUCGCCGUGGGGAACAGCUGCAGGAGGUCGCACUUAUCCUUUUGCACCAGCUGCUCUUAGGCCCUGGUGCUGAGUCGCUUUAUUAUCUUGGCCUUGAUACUGUGCUUAUUGAGCUCCUAUCGUCUCGCCUGGAUAAGGACGAGACUGCUCUACAGAGCGCUAUCAUAGAUGCCAUUCUACCCUCUCUUAAAAUCCGGUUCGCCUACGAUACGAGGGAAUUGUCUGCAGCUAAAUCUCCGAAACAUCAGCGCAGGGGUUCCCUGGAAGCAUUAUCACAAAUGUCACGCCUAUCAUUUACUGGGGAGCGGUCGGAAAAGGAUUAUAUCAUUUCUCGAUUACCACAACCCCCAUCGCAGCUGCUACCGUGUUUACUGAAAGGAUGCCUUUGCAAAGAAAUCAAGGCUGCUUACCAGGAGCUACAGCUCAUGUUCCAGCGGUCUGAUGAUACGCCUCACAAUCGAUCAGAACAGGUUACAAUUGCUCUACUCGCGGCGCUAGAAAAUUGCAUUGCAACGGCGCAUGACCGUUUACUACUCGAGGAGGCUCACGCUUCAGACACAAAAAGCCCUGAGCAGCCUCAAAGCUUUUUCGGAAACAUGGUUUCGGGAGUGUUCGCUGCGGAAGCUAGCCAGGCCCGCAGUGCUACCGCUAACGACCGGUUAACUGUUCUCCUUUGCUUCCAAGAUGCAGUGCGCCUGUGCUAUUCAAUCUGGGCGUGGGGCGACAGUGGCAAUAGCAAAGAUUCACGAGAUUCGGAAUGUCAAGCUUCCUUUCAGUACACAUCACUCAGGAUGCGGAACCGGUGCCGUCGAAUCUUGGAACAUUUAUUUACCGCGGAAACACUCGAGUGUUUGGAGACGCUGAUCGAACUCUGGCGGACGUCAAUCGACGGAGCUAACCACAGUUCAGGGAGAUCCAUCUUCAAUCUGCUCCAUACUUUGGAGGGCUCUAGGCCGAAGGUAGCGAUCCCUGCAAUAUUCAACGCGAUCUACAGUCGAACGAACCCGACAGCCUUGGAUCCGAGUCGCAAGUCCGCGAUGACGUCCCACUUGACUGAAGCGGAUCUGGCCGCCUUUCUAGUUAUGUAUUCUAGAUCGCUAGAUGAAGAUGUCUUGGAUGAGAUUUGGGUGGACUGUACAACAUUCUUGCGCGAUGUUUUGAGUAAUCCUUUCCCGCAUCGCCAAAUCCUAUCACGACUACUUGAAUUCACGGCAAUCCUAGGUGAAAAGAUGGAGCAUACGACUUUUGGAGAGGAUCAGCGGGCCAAGAAGGAUCUAGGAGACAUACUCUUGAGGCUUCUCACAGCUAUCUCUACAAGUAAACCAAUGGGCCUAUCUCAAGACCCGUCUUCAGCGUCUCGCGCAAUGCAGGCUGACAACCAGGGUGCUUCUGGCAACAAAUAUCAAGGAAUCGGACCGGACGAUGUUUACAGUGUCUUGUCCUCCAUUCUUCCAGCCCUGACCACGUCUCUGAGCGAAGCAGAUCGCAUAAACUCUGCUAUGUCCAACAUCUCAACAAACAUACUUGCUCCUCUGAUUCACUCUCGCCUAUUCCCCCAAAGCGUCAACAAAAGUAUGCUGGAUUUGCUUCAGCAGAUGUCAAAAGUCCCGAGUGCUUCCAAAUACUGGAGAAAGGACGUCGGUGAUGCAUUCAACGACCCAAAAUUCUUUGCUAUGAAGCUUGACCUUGUCAAGAGCAAUUGGCUAAGUCUUCUCCGGCAAUGGACUCUUACGGACAAAGAGCGUCUUCCGGAAUUGCUCUCCCGGCUCACACAACCCGCAUCGGCAGGGAUAAUGUUUGGCGUUGGCGCUUCUGCGGCUCGUCUCGAGGCGGAUCGUAAAUCCCAGCUCAACCUGCGUAAGAUCGCCUUGUUAAUUUUAGCAGCAGAUGAGGAUCAUUUUAGCGGUGACCUUUCCACCCUGCAGCAAAAGCUGGAGGACCUCUUGACCGCUACCCAUGUAUCCUCACCAUCCUCCGCGACCAGGGCCGAAGUAUAUAUGGUCCUUCGGUCACUCGUCCUCAAAACUUCCACGAUUCACCUGGCGCAAUUCUGGCCCAUGAUCAACGCUGAGCUUCAAGAUGUGGUAUCUACCAUCGCCCCGGGUCGAGAAUCGGAAACAUACAACCCAUACUCUCUUUUACAGGCGUGUAAACUCCUGGAAACCCUACUUCUCACAUCCCCAGACGAUUUUCAGCUGCAAGAAUGGCUUUUCGUCACAGACACGAUCGAUGCCAUAUACCCACCGGAUCAGUGGCAGUCCGUGGCACUGGCGGACGAGGUUGCGCAAGCUCUAGGCACUGGCCAAAACGGCUCCAUGUCCCACCUUCAGGAAGGCGGCGAGCGUGAAGGCGAUUUCAACCGCCUCUGGCUUGGUACGGACUUGAGUCGGGAGACCGCCAAAGACGAAAUCGUGGACAGGUUGCUCAGGCCUUUUUUUGCACGGCUAAGUAUCCACGCCUUCGAGAGCACAUAUAGCAUGGAAAACCCCGACUGGGGCGCCUGUAAAAAUGAUCUGCUUGCGGACUUGUUCAACGACUUCACGGUUGCGAACUGA